AUGCCAAAGUCAGAGCCGCGGGCGGGCAUCCGCGCAAGCACCCGGAAGACUGAGAGUCGCAGUACUGCUUCCGACCCACGAUCCAUCCAAAGACGGGAGCCUGUAAUGCGUUCUCCCCAGCAGCCUCUGCGGUCCUGUCGACGCCCAUCCACGCUAGCACAGGUACCUGGCUCUGGUCCUCGAGACCCUCCUUCUGCCCCAUCAUUGGAGAACCACGAGGCAUGUUUAGCUACUAUUAAAAUCCUGAAGUGGGAAAUUAAAGUAUUGGAGAAGGAUAAGGAGAUCCUGUCAGAGUGCCUUUGA